AUGGCUGGAGAGGCGAUUCCGAAUCUCCCGCCAGUCUCUAGCGAUGUUGUCAACCUCGCCUAUGCCGAGCUGGUGAUCUACGCCCUACUACUCCCACCUGCGGGCUGGAUUACAUGGAAGCAUGGAAAGAAGGGCAUGGUCUGCUGGCCCCUUCUUGUGUCGCACUUCUUCAUGCGAUUCAUCGCCGACAUCUACUUAAUUGUCAAGAAAGACGAACCACUGCUCCCUAACCAAUUCAACAUCAUGACGAACGCGGGUAGCUUGGCCUGCCUGUCGUUGACGUUGAUCGGUAUUAUCUACGAAACGAACAUCAUCCUUCCCGGCUCACCGAAGCGCUGGACAGAGAAGAUCAUCCUGGGCGUCACGCAUCUUUGCAACACUGGAGGCAUUGGCAUGUCAACAUACGGAGGCGCCCCCAGCCACUCCAGCAGUGGCGUCAUGAACCAGACCCUGAACCAAAUCGGCAACUGCAUGCAGCUCUUCGUCAUGCUCGGCGUCUGUGGAUGGAUGUGGCCUACCUUCAAGAAGAUUCGAUCCUCGUCCAGCCCCAAUUGCCGACCUGCCAUGCUGAUGCUCCGGGCCACCGUGGUUGGCAUGCCGUUCCAUCUCAUCCACCUGGCUUACACCACGACGUACGCCUUCGAUCACAUCCCGAGCCUCGACCCCGUCAUGGGUUCCUUCGCGACCAAGCUCGUGCUGCUGUUCGGUACACAACUUGGCGUCACCAUCGCCAUGCUUGGAGGCGGUUGGUUAGGCAUGAGCGCCGAUAUGCCCAAGGCAGUCCAGGUGGAACUUGCCCCUACCGACGUCGAAGGCAACAACAAUGUGCGUGACGACAUCCCCUUGUCCCAGGGCUGGAGUAGAGACGACAUUGCCAGGGCGAAGCAGGGCUUCGCCUGA